ACCAACUCUUCCUUCUAAUCCAACUCAAACCAGAACCAACCAACACCAUGUCCUGCUGUGGCUCUGUCUGCUCUGGCUGUUGCCAGCCCAGUUGCUGUGAGACCAGCUGCUGCCAGCCCAGUUGCUGCCAAUCCAGCUGCUGCCUGCCCUGCUGCCCACCCAGGUGCUGCCUGCCAGUCUCCUUUCAAACCACCGUGUGCCGCCCAGUGACCUGCGUGCCCAGGUGUGGCCGCCCCAUCUGUGAUACCUGCUGUGAGCAGCAGGGCUGCUGCCGCAUCAUCUCCUGCUGCCCCACCUCCUGCACAGCCGUGGUCUGCAGACCCUGCUGCUGGGCUUCCACCUGCUGCCAGCCCAUUUCUGUGCAGUCUCCCUGCUGCCGACCCCCCUGCUGCCAGCCAGCCCCCUGCCGCACCACCUGCUGCACCAUUUGCUGCCCCACCUGCUGCUCCUCCUGCUGCUGAGCGGCGCUGCUGAGAUCUAACAGCUAAGACCCAAGACUACCCACCCAUUCAGUGGUGGAAAAUAUGCAGUCUCUUCGGAAGCUAGUUAACCAAAUUAUAAGCUACAAAGUAUGCAUCUCUUCUCUUGCUCCCUCUCCUUUAACACUGACCUUAAAAAAAAAAUCUUCUUACAUAGAACUAACCCAGUACCUAUUUAGCAACCAAUUGGAAAAAGUUCCAGCUGUCUUCACUUGAAUCUCUGGGCUUGGAAAUGUGAAUAAAUAAAAUCUGACCUUACUCUCAUUUUUAAGCAUUUCAGAUUCAAUGCCU